UAGUACAUACACGAACACCCAUUUCCGCCCUUUGUUUCAGCAAACGUGCCAGGGGUGAGGGAGUUCUCAAGCGAAUCAGUCCGAGUUCUCAUGAAGAGAGCUUCCUUGUUUAGGGCACAUACCCGCCAUGUGCUCUUGGAGAACAUUUGCGCGUUGAUAUGAGACUAUGUAAUAAGGGGAGGAUUGAGAGAUUGACGAGGCGGCACCUUUCGCUGUUGUGGUUCCGAGACAAGCAAGUGUGACCAUUGCAUAUAUAUACAUUUCCGGCGUUGCUGUGCAGGAUCAGAUGAUAACUCAUGGUUUAUUAUAAGUGCAGCACUGGCUGAACUGCACAUUGGCUUGUCUACUCUCGCUGAUCCAAUCUGGUUAUCAUAAGUUCAACACAGUGGAUACUGAGGCCAGAUUUGCAAAUUAAUCUUGAGGAGACUGGAUUGCUGCUGGGACUACUGUUGGCUGUACUACCGCUGACACUCACGAUGGCGCUUGUCAACUUUGCGGUGCUACUGCUUCUCGUUGCCACUCUCCCAAGCUGCCACCCUUUUACCAUAAGGGAUUUCGAGGAGCGCCUUGGCUAUAGCCUCAACGCCACAACCGCGGUACUGGAUAUGUCCAACGCAAGCCCUCCGCUACAGGGUCCCAUUCCCUUGGAGUUGGGCAGCUUUGUGAACCUGACAAAGGUGGAUCUUUCAGGGAACAACAUUACUGGAGGGAUCCCCCCGGAGCUUGGCCGGCUGGUCAAUGUUACUUCUUUGAUCCUCGACGAUAACCACCUGUCGGAGCCCAUUCCGAAAGAGCUAGCUGGGCUGAUUAAGCUCAGGAGCCUCUCUCUCAGCAACAACAGCUUGUCGGAGGGGAUUCCAAUCGAGCUUGGCUCCCUGUCCAGCCUGAAGAAUCUGGAUCUUGGUGCAAACCACCUGUCGGGUCCAAUUCCAAAGCAGCUUGCUGCCCUAAGCAACUUGACCUUCCUGUUUCUGAACAAUAACAGCUUGUCUGGGGAAAUACCCAUCGAGUUGGGGGCGCUGCGUAAGUUGUACGCGCUUAACCUGGCUGCAAACAAUCUCACUGGAAACAUACCUCCUGAGUUGGGCGACCUUGCGGGCAUUUUCCACAUAGACCUGAGCUUAAACAAGCUGACGGGUAGCAUACCUGGUGAGCUGGGCAAGCUUCCAGUACAGAUACUGGACCUGCAAAAUAAUAGCCUAUCAGGUCAGAUACCCCCUCAGCUGGGCAAUCUUUCCAGCCUUUUUGCGGUGGACCUAUCAUACAACAAUCUGGACGGGCCUAUUCCCCCAGAGAUAGGGGAUAUGGGCUGGAAAAAAACCAGCCCGUUCGGGAUGUCCGUAUACUUCCAACACAAUCGUCUGUCGGGACCGCUGCCCGCGGAAUUUCGACGCCUGGUCGGCAGAGUUCUCACUCUCAACCUGGGGAACAACGAGUUCUCCGGGCCUCUGCCCUUUACUUUCGACGACUUUCCCGCGUGCUUUGCGGGCGUCAUCCUCGGAAACAACAACUUCUCGGGGCCGUUUGUGUUGGAGCGCAGCAAUUUCAGCUGCACUACCGGGUUAAUCCUCAACAACAACAGCUUCUCCGGACCCAUACCCGCAGCCCUCGGGAACAACGCUUCCUCUCUCCGUGGUAUCGACCUAUCAAACAACAGGUUUACUGGGCCCUUACCCCCCGAGCUCGGUAAGCUUAAGUACCUAUGGGUAUUGGGCGUGAGCAACAACUCCCUAUCCGGCCCGAUUCCGCCAGAACUGGGGGCUUUGAGCAAGCUGACAACACUUGCUCUUAUCGGCAACAACUUCAGUGGGGAGAUACCGCCCAAUCUGACGCACCUGGAGGUCUUGGACGUUAGCCGUAACCCGGGCCUUGUUAACCUGCCCCAAAACCUGACCAACAACGCGGAAAACCUGACUUUCCUGGGCAUGUCUGGGCACGUUCCUGCCUGGGUUUCGGGCCUCAAGAAACUCCGGGGCCUUGUAUUGAGGCCGCUCGAUGGCCAGCCGUCGGAAGCCGUCCUCGACCUGUCUCACGUUCCAAACGGGACUCAGUUCGUCGCCGUCAGCGGAAACCAGCGCAACCUCUCGAAGAUCGUCUUCUGGGAGGCUUGCAACUACGGCUGCACCAUUGACCUCGUUGGGACUGGGGCGCGCCUUUCGCGCGGCACGAGGAGGGAGAUCUGCUUGGGUAAGAUCUCGGUCUUCUUAUCGGGGGACCGUCCUCUGCGCGACGUCGAUGCGCUGACCCUAACGAACAGCCAGGGCACGGUUUCCCUGCUCGAUCCCUUAUUCUUAGACAAGAUUGAUCUAGGCCCAGGCGGUCGUGCUUACACGGGCGUCAGCUUUCCCCGGGUUCAGGAGGGCAACCUUUGCAGGAACCCAGAGUCCCGCAAGGUGGUCGUGAUUAUGUUCUCGGUGUUUGCGGGGGCGCUGCUACUGGGCGCGCUUGUUGUCUCGAUCGCCACUGCGCUACGGAGAACCAGAGCCGGGGGAAAACCACGCACGGAGUCAGCCAUUGGAGCGACUCGGAUGCAAGCGCCCCGUCUGGCCGGAGCUUAUAUCUGGGGCCUGAUCGGCCCACUUCUCACGUGGGGCGCCCUGUAUACGGAUAUCCGCGUCCUACUGGACGUCCGCGGCGCCUGGCCGCAGUGGGUCAUUCUCGGGAGCAUUUUGGCGUCCUAUAUUUCCGGGGCUCUCCUGGUGACGGAGCUUCUGCCGACGUCCGGCAGUUCUCUGCCGCCGGUGACGUCGCUGCGCAUGCGGUGGAUUUGGCCGCCCCCAGAACCAAACGCUGUGGGGGAUCUGGGCACGACUGCAUAUCCUAUGAGCCGCGCCAGGUGGGCGCUUCUAUUGGUCGCUUGGCCUCUAGCUGUUCCAGUUGUGCCCCUGCUCGACUUUAUGGUCCUCGUUGACCGGGUUGGCUUCCACGUGUCAACGUCGGUCAACACGGUUUACAGUAUGAGACCCUGGUAUCAGACCCGGUCUCUGCUGGAGCUGGCGGUACGUACCGUGCCACAGAUUGCUUUCCAGACGACCGUGUAUCUGUUGGGCAACUCGCGUGCGACGCGCUUCUACGUGGACGAGAUUAUUUUCGUGUCGUCUAUCGGCGUUUCCUUGGUCUCCCUCCUUUUCCAACUCCUGACACUGUUCUGGGAAGCUGCCGCCGCCCCCGAGUAUAUUUGGAUCACGUUUUGGAGGCACUUUAGGAGCGUGACUGGGCCGUGGACGACGUCAGCCGAUGCCUGGUAUGAUGAUAACAAUCUGAAGGUGGGCAGUGAGAAAUUGGUGGAGCUGCCUCAGUGAUCGGGGUAUAUAUGCAGAAUAUUAUUUAACGGUCAUUCGUGCUGGAAGCGACAAUCCAUGCGGACCAUGCAAGUACAAUCACGACAACGUCCCUUUCGGGGAUCAGGCAGUACACAUUAGGGGUUGCAUAUCCUAGGGUUUAAGUCGGCGUCAAUUUUAUGGGAGGCCGGUGCCGCCUUCUGUACGAACGUAAGGCCAUCAUUAAUGGCCGGAGUUGCUUCUUCUCGACAGUACCACCGCCGUAAAGAAUGAUCGACAGGUCGAGGAAGAAUACUCAUCAUGCCCGUUUGAAACGUGACCUUGAUGAUAGGACUCCAGUCGAGUCAUAUUUCUCGCUUGUUCAGUAUGCAAUGAAGCGUCACUUGGAGUCA